CUGGUGUUCUUGUUGAAGAGCGAGCUGCUGGAUUUGGUUUGUUUGAGAGCUUAAAGUUUGUGGCAUCAGUGAAAGACAAACAUAAGAACCCCCCCCCUUCCCUCCUGUUCCCACAGUGGAAAUGUGGAACUACACUCACAAAGAAAAAAGUCCGUUUAAGCCUAACCAAUCCGUGAAGGCUAACCAUUUGGUAGUCUGAGUCAUUUGGAAAGUGUUCUGUUGCCAGAGCAAAUGUAAUAUGCAAGGCCUUUUAUGUGCAUGAUUCAAAAUGAAAUUCAACUUUAUUUUAGAAAAUUGGUCAUAAACUUGGUCUUUUGCAUUACCAAUUGUUUGUACCUGUUGGUUUGUUUAGCAUGAACUGUAAUGUUUUCACAGUCUGCAUUAAAGUACCAAAAGAAAGUCCACACAAACUGUUGGAGAAGUCACAUAUAUGUAGAGUGAAUUUGUACAUUGCUGUAUGCUUCAUUAGCCGUGCUUUACGAAUAGUCAAGCCUCAGAGUUACAUAACCAGCUAAACCGGCAGUAAAUGUUAUGAGUGUGAAAUAUGAAAGUGGAUUCAUAUCUUCCUUCCCACAUUCUGAAGUCACAAACUGUUCAUUGAAGUAAGGGAGUAAGGGCCUUAGAAGUUGUCCUGUUUUGAAGAGUUCAUGAUGAAUGUGCACUUGCAGCCUCCAACCAAAAUAAUGAGUGGUCAGCAAUAAUAUAAUCUGCAGGACCAGUGUCUGUUGUGUUAUUGUGUAGCUCUUAGUGACAGAAAUUAAAUUUCUUAUUGAGUAAGAUGGUCGCUAAUGUGCAGUCCAGUGGAAUGAGUCAGACUUAUCAGUGAGAAAAUGUUCUGAGGGGCUGCAGAUGGAGUGUGUUCUGUGGUGUGUUUCUUUUAUAUUAUUUUGGGUUUGCUAUAAAUAGGCUGCAUUUCAUGUUUUUAAAUGUAGGCUACAUAUCUAGUCUUCAGAAGUUCAAAAACUGAUGGUGAAGAUUUUUUAGUAGCUCCAUUUGUGAUUUACAGAUACAGCAUUUGAAACAUAGCUAUUUUCAUUCUCUGGUGUCCUUUUUUAUUAUUGAUAAUAAUGUAAUCUUUAAAUAGUGGGAGAGGAUGCCACACUGGAAAGUUGUACACAUCACUACUAAUGUUUGAAGAAUUCAUUUUUCAUUUCUUUUCUGUCCUGAUCUUUGGUUUUCCCCACAAUGUCUUUCAGCUGUACUGCCAUGUGGAGUGUGAAAUGCCAUCACAGUAAAGUGCCAUAAUGAUUCAGUGAGUGUGUCUUGAUGCGUGUAAAUGGUUUCCAUACCCUCCAGUGUUCAUCUUGCUUUACAGAAUUUUGUGUUUGUUCCGAAUUAAAAAAUACAAUAAAGCAUGUUGAAUGAUGGGGGGAGGGGGGGGUGUUGUUUUUCUAAGUAAUUAGUUAACGCAUCCUCUGCAAAGAAAACAUUUUGCACAUUUUAAUGCAAAAUCCUGAAUGUAACAUUGUGCUCUGUGCAAAGUUUAUGGCAUAUUUAUAUUUAUUUUUCCAGUAUGAAAAGCAGCGGUUACACUUUGAAAAGGAAUACAACAUAUUGUGUGCUAAAACUUGCGGAAAGUGCAAAUAUUUAGGUUUGUUCCUUGUAGAAGAUGUGUUAACUUAUUUUCACUUAGAAAAUCAGCAGAACGUGCAGCUUGACUAGGGAUGUUCAAACUUUUGCAUACGACUGCAGAUGUUUAAAAUAAGUCACGUUAGGUGAAGACUGGGCCUUUGUAAAAUGUUAGUAUAUAACAUCUGGCUCAGAUACUGAAAUUUCUCCUUUCUUUCUGGUUUGUUCACUUGAUUUUUUUUUUAAAUGUAACGUUCUAUUUUUUUUUUUUCAAGGAUGAAUGCGAUCUGAGAGGCUGCUGGAGUGAUUCAUUCUGCCAUACUUGAAUUGUUGCACUUUUAUUCACACCACUUAUGUAUUUAGUUGUGGAGUUUCUUUUUAAGUAUUUCUGUUUGUGUGUAAUUACACCUUCUGUUUUUUGUGUGCAAUAAAAAAAAAUCAAGCUGAAGGUUCUGAUAACAUGUUUCAAAGGCUUGCAUGUUUCUAUGUUGGCAAGUGUCUGGGUCCUCCGUUUCAUUGUUUCUGUAGUGAGAUGAUAGUUUCAUUUUGCUUUUGCGGGAAUAAUGUUGAAUUAAUGUAGCUUUGUCAGUGUAAUUUAUGCACUUCCUUAUUUGUCUGAACUAAUUCUGAGCCGAGUUUGACAUAGCUACUUUUAUCUUAGAUUAAUGUUUCUGCCAGUUUUGGUUACGUUCUUUUGUACACUGCUUGGAGUUGAAGCAUUUAUUGAAUAUAAUGGAAACUUCUGCUGUUUUGUUUUUGGUCCCUCUCUCGUGUACAGUGGAGCAGAGAGGGGCUGCAGAGAGGAGGCGUAGAGAGCUUGGCAGGAAGCUGCACAGCUUUGGGUAACUGCCUGAAAUAGAGGCAGGGCUCUGACACUACGCUCUACUGAGUUCCCUGUUCAGCCACUUUAUAAAGGGAGUAAAACCGGACACAAGAACCUGACCAGACUUAAGUUGUUAAUGGGAAAACCACUGUGUAGCUUGCGAUGUAUUGAUUUCCAGAGGUGCGUCAAAGGCCAUGGGACAAAGAAGUACUUUAUGAUCUUCAUUUGAAGCUCCCUCAUGCAUCCAGCUUCACACCGAGGCAAAAGCAAAUCACGCUGUACUCCUCAGGCUGUGGAGGUGUGAGGUGCCAUAAUGCCUGCAAUGAGUACUGGCCCAACUCGGGCUGAGGGCCGAAGGCUCUCCUGGGCAGUUGUGAUUCUGACUCUGGCUACCAUCACCUCGUCCUCCCUGUCGGCUCUGUCCCUGUAUCACGUGCUGGCUCUGCAGGCUGAGGUGGAGGGGCUGAGGACCGAGGUGAGCCGCAGGAGAGAGGAACAGCAGAGUGCGCCGGGGGAAAGUGUGAGAGGGCCGCAGGCUCAGCAACAGGACAACAGAAAUAAAGCUGAGAGCCUUCAGCAGACUAGCAGCGUGGUACCCCCUGAACUGGGGUUUGACGUUUCUGGGAGACAGCCAGAGCCGCCCAGCUUAAAAAAGAGAAGUCUGGAAACGUUUCAGCCCUGCUUGCAGAUGAUGGCAGACAGCAAGAGGGAAGUCUUUCAGAAAGAGUUUGCAUUGGAGACACACACAGGGGUCCCAUGGCAAACCGGUCUAAAGCGAGGCGAGGCUCUAGAGGAGGAUCAGGACACCAUAGUGGUCAAAGAAGAGGGCUUCUUCUUCAUCUACAGUCAGGUAGAGCACUGUGACCCACCAGUCACAGAGGUGUAUUACAAAGAUUCCACCUUUGCAAUGGGUCACAUAGUGAUCCGUAUGAAGAAGAACGUGGUCGGGGACGAAAAUCAACAUGUCGUUCUGUUCCGCUGCAUCCAGAGCAUGAAUUUGAAGUUUCCCUAUAACACCUGCUACACAGGAGGGAUUGUAAAGCUGGAAGUUGGUGACAGAGUGGAGUUGCUAAUACCUCGCUCCACAGCAAACAUCUCUCUGGAUGGAGACUCUACCUACUUGGGGGCUAUCAAACUGGACUGAUGUGUCUGAAGGAGACAGAACUCUGAAAAUCUAAAGAACAAUUCUACAGUUGAUUUAUUAUAAUUGUACCCGUGCACAACCUGACAUUAUUAGUAUAGCUUAAAAAUCACUGGAUACAGAAGGAAUGAUUGGAAUGGCACUGGGCAGAUAGCCUUUCACACAGUGUCCUCGUCAGCAUGGGGAGUGGCAACUGCUGGAUGUUUCAAGGCUUAGCUGAAGAUUAGUAAGACAUGUUUUGAUAGUAACCAAGGAACUGCUUCUGCACUACUGGCAGUGCUUCAUAUGUGGAGGGUGAUGAGCGUGGAUGUGCAUAGUAAGCAAGAACCAGGAAUACACAGACGAAGGAAAUCAAGACUUGCUAUGGUAUAUUACAAAUGAGAACUAGCUUCAAAUUGUCGCUGUCAUAUCAAAACUCUAUUUUUUGUAAACGUGAUUUUCAUGAUGAAUGGACAAGUCUCACCUUAAAUUAGACUAAAAGAUGAGAGCAUCUUCUCCUACUUCUGAAAGGUUAUUAUUUUGGAGAUGAGAGGUUUUGUUAUGACAGCAACGAAAUGCCCGCGUUCCUCUGCGAAACUCUAGAAAUAUACUUCUGCAAACUUGUCAGCAGAAAGCCAGACAGACGGAGGUGUGAAGUUAAAUGAGUUUUGUUUUCUGCACUCAAAAUGUUUCUUUCUCUGACUCAGAGUUUAUGCUUUGUUUAUAGUGCACUGACACAGCGGAUGAUGUAUGUGUGAACUACAGGCUACAGACAGGGUUUUUUUUCCCCUGACAUUUUAAAAUUUUUCUCUACAUUCAGAUGUUAUCUCUGUUUGUCCACAGUUUACAGGAAAUCAUUUACAUGAUCUGAUUGCUACUUGUUAGAGCACAACAGCUGUACCGUUUAAAAAAAACUGUGGAAAAUUUUCAGAAUACUUAAUUACAAACUUAUAACAUUUAGAUGUUACAUCAUUGCACAUGGAAUGCAAUGCAAAAACUGCUCCUAAGCUGUAGUCCCCAGUUAAAUAAGAGGCUUUGAAGGCACUAUGUUAGCCAAGUUAUAUGAUUAUUGUAGAUUGUUCUUUCUGUAUUAUGUUGUAUUAUACCUUAUACUGUAGUUUGGGAUAUUUUCAGCAGAGGGCAGCACUGGCACAUCAUUAGGCUGCUGCUCCUCAGCUUUGUGCAACUCAGUGAUUUUUAAAUCAGUUUGUUUGAACUGAAAUCACUAUUUGCCUUUUAAUUGUUUGUGUUCAUUCAAUGUAUUUUUUAGUCUUUAAGCCAGGUGUGUCACACUGGGGACCUUCCAGGCCAAAGUGCUGUGGAGAUUAGCAUUUGCCGCUCUGAAUUCAGUACAUGAUGGCCUUGGUAUUUAGCUGAUGCGCUGAAUCGUGUGUGUUUAAUGACGCGGUGUGGUGAAGUCUGCAGUGUUUUGGCCCCCAAAGACUGGAGCCUGACACGUGCUUUAAGCCAUUGAUCACCAAUGCAUGAGGGCAGCAUUCUGCAUGAUCUUAACACUUAUGUUUAAGCUAAAACAGCACUCACCUGCAUAUUAGCAACUGUUUAAAACAAUUACUUGAUAUAAUAUCAACCGAAAUUGCCAGUUUUAACUACUAUGAAGUCCUUUAUACGUUUCCUUAGCUGCUGUAAAUUUGGGGAUAUUGUGUCUAAGCUUAUGAUGAUGGUUUUUUGACACUCAAUAUACAAUGUUAUCUUUUUGAAACAAUUAUUUAAAACAGCUGCAAAAUAAAACUCAAUUGAAGUCUCUAUAAAGGCCCAGUCCCCAAAGGGUACCAGUUCCCAAGAGAAACCUGCUGUGUGGCAUGAAACAUUUGAGAUGGCACAUGACGUACAUAUAAAAUUUGAAACAUGGAAAUGCAGUUGAAUAUUUUCAUUUUUGGAUGUUUUAGUGAAUGUUGUUUUGAAUAUUCCACCGUUUUAUAGAUAUUUAUAUGCUUAAAGCUGCACUAUGUGAUAUUUGGGGAUUUGGAGAACUCUGGUGGAAAUGUGUAAUUGCACACAACGUGCAGAAGCUUUUGUAACGCCGGCUGUGCUUCGGACCCCAACGAGAGGGUGAAUCUGAUGAUUGUGAGUGUGUUGAAAAAGCAUUCAAAGAGAACUCAAGGAUGUCAGGAUGUAAGUGAAUGAUCUAUUGUUGUCAUCACAUCUUUAUCAGUGUAAUGCUGAUUUUGUAAUUGAGACCUAAACAUCGAGUUAGACCUUAUUUUUGAUUCUGUGUGUGUGAUGUUAAUAGAUAAAGGUAAAGAUUCCGGUGUGGUCUGAAAAACCUUUG